CUAUUAUUUCCAAAGCGGCGAAACUCCACUCUAUUAUUGUUGUUAGGGAUCGCCUUUGUUUCAGUACAACGUGAUCGUAGCAAUUUCCAGAGCUGUUCUCCAUUACCAUAAAUUAGGGCUCAAACUGCUCUUCGCCAUGGCAACAAGAAUCUGCUGAAUAUUGAAACCAGUGAGGAGACAGUUAUACGAGUUCUGCUUUAGUUUAGCCAAAGGGAUCAUUGCAAGAGGAUACUAUCAGCUACGUCCAGGGAAAACGGCUCUUCUGUCAUCAUUGUGCCAUCUCUUUGUUUCCUUCGCUGACUUUACAGUUGUAUUACUAGCAGGUCUUCUUUAUGUGAUGAUACUAUGGAUGCCUAUUGAUUGGUAAUGGGUGGAUCUCUUUGCCCAUUAGUGUUGAGUUAUUGAGAGCGAGAAGCUGUCAGACCGAGAUAGUGCCAUGGAGUAACUGAGACGAAGACAGCUUGUAUUACGGUGUGAACUACUUGUUUUCUAGGUGAGGAUAAAAUCAAGUGGAACAUUAUCAUCAGUGAGAAUAGCUAUAAGGACAAUUUUUGAAGGAGCAGAAUUAAGGUGGGCUAUCGAGUCCCGUACUUGAGCUUUAAAAGUGACAAAGCUCAGCACCCCUAUGGCUGCACGGGGCUCCGUACUGGCCUACUCAGUUCAACCUGUACCCCAGGAGUAUUAUCCCCAACAACCGUUGCAACAGUUGCAGCAACAACAACAUCAUCAGCCACAGCAACAUCAGCCACCCUAUCAACAACAACACCCACCACCACCACCACCAGAGGGCAACAGGAAAAGUCUGCAUCACAGGCAGCGUCGCCAGCGGCAACCGCAUCAUCAGCAGCAGCAGCAGCAGGGGCAGCGUCAUCAGCAGGCCCGGUCGUCAUGUAGCAGCUCCUCACAAGAGGACGAUCAAUCGCAACAGGGAUACGGUGUGAGAAACGGAGGCUAUAGCUCCAACGAGACAUUGCGGAUGAGUGAGGUACCUAUCUCCCCAAUGAGUGAGGACGGGAAGGAAGCAUUCCCUAAUCAACAGCAGGAGGUACAUCCCAAGGAAGAGAGUCUGUGCCACCCUGCUGUCAGAAUGGAACCUCCCAUUGCAGAACAUAUUGCUGAAGAAAGGCCCUAUUAUGAUGGUAAAGAAAGGCCUUCAGAUCUGAAAUGUCCCUCAGUCUCAGAUAACUUUGACUCCACCCUCGGAAGUAUGGAAGGGUCCAUCAACGUUAGCACCUCUACAAGGGGCGACAUGAACCAUGAUCAACUACUACAAGAAGUCGAUCACUAUUUACAUAAACAGAGUUUAGAUGGCCAUUCUACAGGCAGUCGCAGUACAAGGUCUAGUUUGACAAUGACAGAAAAUGAGUUGGACCAUGAUAUGUCAUUACAUAAUCAUGAAGAUCAACAAGGUGCAAUAAGACUGGACCGUUUAUCCAGCAUGCCAGGCUACCCUCCUAUUGGCCUCUCCACCUACCCCCACCUACAAAAUGGAGCAUUCCAAGGCAUACCAGCCAAUCAGAUGCGAGGAGCCAGUCUUCCAACCAAUGGGGUGCCUUACCCUCCCCAUGGUAUUGUUUAUCAUCAGUUGCAACCCACCAUUGAGGAUGAAGAAGAAACUACCUUCAUGGGUUCAUUACCACAAUCAUAUAGUACUGGAACUGGCAUUUAUAGCUCAAUAAAAGAAAAUCAGUACAACUCAAUAGGGGACCCUAACUCUCUGCGGCACUCCAUGUCCAACACCGCCUGCCAGACGUUACCCGGAACCAGCGGGAUGUACCUGCAGCCACGGACCGGUAACAUCAUCCACGCCGUACCCCUGAUGACUACCUGUGAUCUUCAGACGUUACAUACAACCAGCAGCCUGGCUACCAACAGUGGUACCCUCAAUGAACUCAACAAUGCCAGGCAUAGGCAGGAGAGGUUAUUUGAAUACCCUUUGAGCAUGGGUACAGGAGUCCCCAUGCCUGUAUACCCAGGUAUGAACAAUGGUAAAGGGACCAACGAAGCCUCCGAGCUCAAAUAUCCAACGAUGAAGAAGAAGUAUGGCUGUAAAAAGGACAACAUGUCGUGGCGCUGUUUAGCCGUCAUUCUUGUCUUACUCACCAUAGCCCUUCUUGCUCUUGUCGCAUACUUUGCAGUGACCCUGAGUAGACCUCUAACCGGCAUGCCCAACACAGUCAGUAUUGAUACCUGGCCAACAUCCUCUGGUAACCUUGGUAACGAGGAUAGAACAACAAGAAGGCCAAAGAGGCCUCAACCUCCAUCCAAUGAAAUAGAAUUAACGACGACAUUGACCACAACCACAACACUCGUCCACAGUCCUGCCGUACCUUACACGUUCGGCUCGACGGCACGGAAGGAAAUACCACCAGGUCACUUCUGGACCCUCUUCAGUCCUGUUGACUCCUCCACCUUCAUCCAGUUCAACCUGACCCUGUCAAGACGGAAUGGAUUCGUCAUGUACGGCCAGCAGGCGAGGGCGCCAUCACACAGCUUCUACGACUUCAUGCAGGUGCACGUCGGCACGGGCAGACGAGGGAAGCGCAGCGUCGACACGACGCUAGAUGAAGAAUUGCCUGAACUGACUUACCACGAUGUGCUUAGGCUUGGUGGAUUGAAGUAUGAAGAGAGCAAGGCAGAGUCAAGGGUCAAGAGGUCAAAUAGUCACCUGAUGCAUACCUGGUCAUUCAUGGAGGAGUUAAAUGCUGGAGAAUGGUAUAUUGCUGUAUUCAAUGAUGGACCGUAUGCUGAGGAAGUCAACCUCGUUACCAGACAUAAAAGUGGUUGGAGUUGCCCUGGAGACUGUAGCGGCCAUGGUGAAUGCCUUAGAGGGCAGUGUUUAUGUCAGGAGCAGUAUACAGGCGAUGAUUGCUCACAAGGUGUAUGUCCCGUGCUCUGUUCUGGCCGUGGUCAGUACGUGCAUGGAUUCUGUGAGUGCGUGGGAGGCUGGAAGGGACCUGAAUGUAGCAUCCCAUGGGAUCAGUGCCUGGUAGCUGACUGCAGUCGUCAUGGGGUCUGUCUGGAGGGAGAGUGUGUCUGCAGCAGGGGAUUCACAGGGGAGGCAUGUCAACAAGAGGUGCUGGUAGAUGACACCCUCCAUUGCAGUAAUGACACGGACUGCUUCCCCAAUGCUCAAUGCUUAUCUGGAAUGUGCCAUUGUUUGGAGGGGUGGACAGGCUCAACCUGUGAGGAGGAGGAGUGUAUCCUACCCUGCUCACCCCAUGGAGAGUGUGUGGACAAUGCAUGUAACUGUGAAGAAGGCUGGAAUGGAAAGCUGUGCGGACUUGAUGGAUGUCCAUUUGGAUGCAGUGGUCAUGGUACAUGUGAGAUGCUCAAUUCUACCUGGAGCUGUGUAUGUGAGGGGCUCUACCAUGGACCUGGAUGUAGCAUCGGCACGGAAACAGACUGCACGGAUGAGGUGGAUAAUGACGGAGAUUCCCUGAUUGACUGUGAAGAUCCAGACUGCUGCCUCAGUGCAUCCAUCUGCAUCGGUGAUGCCCUCUGUGAAGCGCCCCCUGACCCCAUAGAGGUCAUCCGCUCGUCCAAUCAGUUUUCAGCCUUUACUCCAUCCAUCCUCUUCUACGAUCGGGUCAAGUUUCUCAUCGAGCCAAACAGCAUCCAUCGCAGUCCACCCCAGAUCUUGUUUAGUAAUGACAGUGUGGUCUCUGUGGUGAGAGGUAAAGUCCUGUCACACAAAGGGUCACCAGUCGUAGGGGUCAGAGUUCAAGUGGACAACCGACCUUUCAUGGGAUUCACCUAUACCCGAGAAGAUGGAAUGUUUGACAUGAUGGUGGUAGGAGGUGGCUCCAUCUCACUCUCCUUCGCCCGUCAUCCCUUCAUCACCGCCCACAUUCCUACCUACAUCCCAUACAACGACAUCGUUCUCAUGGAGAACAUCAACAUGGAACUCCUCCCGGGUCGUCGCAGCGUGUCCUACUCCGUCCCUGAGACGAUCCACUGCGUGGGCAGUGCUUACAUCAAGCCUGAGUUCUCUCUCCUACCCCAGGCAGUGAUGGAUAGUUGUGGCUCACAGAGCAUCCAGGGCGCAGUACUAGACCAAAGGGCUAUGCAUGAGCAAAUAGAAAUCCCAGGCACCAGAGCUACCCUGGACUACUACAGCCAGCAAGCAGCGGUCAACAGCCUCCCGUCCACCUUCAGCGCCCGACUGACCGGUCACUUCAUCCCACGUAACCUCAAGCUUGUCCAUGCAGUGGUCUCUCUGGCUGGACGAAGGUUCCACAAUGUCCUGGAGCCAGAGCCACUCCUGAACUACACCUUUAGCUGGGACAAACUCAAUGCCUAUGGGCAGCCUGUGUAUGGGGAUGAGGAAGCAGUGGUUGCCAUUGGUUAUGAGUACCACACCUGCACAGAGAUUAUUUGGUCCCGACAGUCUACCUCCCUGCCUGGAUAUGACUGGAGCACAACAUCACUGGCCGGUUGGAAUCUACCCAUGCAUCAUACAUACAAUCCCCAGAAAGCCAUUCUUCAGCUUGGUGACGGUUGCCAGGUGAAGUACUCCCAGCAUCGUCCCAUCAUCCAGACCAUCGUUGGUAACGGUCGCCCUCGUAAUGCAGACUGUAACCAGUGCGAGGGCAAGGCUAAGGGUGCCCGGAUACUGGCCCCAAUGGCUGUGGCUAGCAGCCCCGAUGGCGGCUACUAUGUCGGAGAUGGAGAUUUCAUUAGACGAGUCGGACCGGAAGGAAACAUCACUAAUGUCCUUCAUCUUGGGUACAUGCCAACGUACAAGUACUACUUAGCAGUGAGUCCUCUGGAUGGCAAGGUCUACCUCUCAGACUCUCAGAUGAGACAAGUCUUGAGGCUCAGAGACCACAAAGAUGUCCCAGACAUCAACAACAAUGUGGUAGUGGUUGCUGGUACGGGUGAGGCGUGUCCACCCGUUGAUGGUAGGGAGUGUGGCAACAAUGGAGAUGCAACGCAGGCCAGGCUGAUUGCACCAAAAGGCAUAGCAGUUGGCAAGGACGGCACGGUGUACUUUGUGGAUGGUACCGUCAUUCGUAAGAUCACCACCGAUGGUAUCAUACAUGCCUUCCUUGGUACCCCUGGUAUCCAGGGACCUCUCAGACUACCACAGUGCAGGGGUACCAUGGCUUUCAGUCAGGUCAAACUUCAGUUUCCAACUGAGCUAGCUGUCAACCCUCUGGAUGACUCUGUCUACGUUGCUGAUGAUGACAUCAUCAUUCGUCUGGGCCAGGAUAAGAGGGCAUCGGUCCUUGCAGGAGUUCCUUACAACUGUCCCUUGGCAUACUCCAUUGACCUGGGUGAGUCGGACGGCAGUGCACCAGAUGAUAACAUCAGCACCUAUGAAUACCUGAGGCCUAGACCUGCCAAUGAGGUCGCUCUCAUCAUGCCCAGCUCAAUGGCAUUCUCCAGGAAGGGGGACCUCUACGUUGCAGAAGCCAACCAUAGGGCGAUCAACCGCAUCAGCAAGAUAUCAACCGAUGGAUUUAUCUCCAGGUAUGCAGGGCAGGAGACAACUUGUGAUUGUCUGCUGGAGGAUUGUGAUUGUUUUGCUGGUGAUAAGUUCUAUGCCAUGGAUGCCAGGCUACACGGACCCAUCGCCCUCACAGUCAUGCCCAACGACGAGUUGAUUGUUGCGGAUCAAGGAAAUUUGCGUUUGCGAAAGAUCGCGCCAAGGACUCCGAAGCAUCGCCUGGGUCGCUACCAUGCCUAUCAGAUCGCGUCGCCUGAUCGCGAGGAAGUUUACUUCUUUGACAUGUAUGGCGUUCAUACCAUCACCAAGAACUUGAUUUCGGAUCAGGUGGUAUAUAACAUCAGCCAUUCAGGCAUCCUUCUAGACUCUGUGACAGAUUCUGCAGGUGUCGUCCUAGGGGUUCAUCGAAGGCUAGAUGGCCAACCUUCUAAUAUCAUCAUCUCUGGGAUGGGCACUCUCUUACAGACAUCUAUAGAUUCUUUGGGGAGACUGAGUACUGUCCAAGAUACCCUGAGGAAUGUCAUCCAUCAAUUUGGUUACCAUGGAGACACAGAUUUGUUGACAUUGAGAUGGGAGGGUCAGAGCUUGAAAAGGAUGUAUGAGUAUGAGGAGAAUGGUCAGCUGUCCUCUGUGAGAUACCUCAAUGGUCAGAUGGUCACUUUGGAAUCAGCGGUCAACUCAUCGGCAUCAUCGGUCAUCAUCAACCAGCCUUGGCAGACAAGCCUUGCCUCUGAUGUCAUCCAUCUGGCUGGAUACAUCUCCAGCAAUUUCUCUCAAGCUGACCUUGUUGAUUCUGUGGUCAUCGACCAUGACAAAUCGACAUCGAUCACCUUCCCCAACGGACUGAUCAUGGGUAUGGAGUCCCAGCCUCAUCCCUUGCUUGAGAUGGAAGUAGAGGGCUCGCUCUCGAAGCGUAAGAUCAAGCUUCCUGAGACGAGCCCCCACCGCUUGGAUUGGAACUUCUACGUUAGAAAGGGAGGCCGUAACAGGGAUAGAGUACUGGUUGUUGGACGCAAACUCAAGAUCAAUGGUGAAAACAUCCUCUCCAUGGAGUACAACCGUCUCCUCCGUAAGGACACCGUGCUUGACCAUGAUAACUCUCAGCUCCUAGAGAUAUCCUACAACAGUGCCAAGCUUCCCAUGGAAUGGAAACCUGCUUAUGGAUUCGUCCUUACCAACGCCUCUUAUGACUCCCAGGGGAGACUCACAAGGUGGCAGAGGGACCUUAUCUCAGAGUCGUACGGUUACGAUACCUUAGGCCGCCUCAAGAGAAUCCAUCGUGGGAAUAACGGUACAUGGCGCUUCACCUACAACACAGGCAUGCUGCCCUCUGAAGUAGCUUUACCAAACAGACAACAUUAUGCAAUAACAUAUGAUGGAGCUGGUAACGUAGCAAGGGUUACCAUGCCAACAGGAAAGCAUCACUACAUCAAUUCAAUACCGUCAGUAGGUUAUCAAAGGAUCCUCUACUCUGAUGGAAGUAGGCCGUGGUUGAUUCUUGACCAGACCGAGGAAGGCUUGCCUCUUCGGCGCUACAGUCCAGGGACAAGUCGGAGAAUGGCAUACGUCUACGACAACAAGGGUCGCAUAUCUGAAGUGUACCAUGACCAGACCAGCGUGAAGUAUAAGUACAACAGAGAGGAGUCCCAAGUCAAGCUGCUGGAGCUUCAGGUGGGUGACUUCCAGAAUGCUGAACGACUGCGUUACGAUGGUCCCAUGGUCAAGCAGAAGAUGAUCCGUACCAGUGGCUUCGGGGGCUUCAUGAAUGGAAGGUUUGAGUAUAUCUACGAUCGCAACAUGCGCCUCCUGAAUGUAUUCGCAGAGUUCAACACAACGGUUCUUCCAGAGCACAACCGAGCUUAUGAUCCUGUCUACGGACGCCUGACGCAGCUUGGAGCUUUUACGCUGUCUUAUCCUCACAUCACCAUCCAGAAUUAUACUGAUCAGAAUUUCGAGAUGACCAAGAAGUUUGGAACAUACAUUCUUCUUCAGGAAGUUCAGUACAAAGUCAAAGCUGUAACUGUUGGAAGACUUGAGCUUUUAUUUGAUAUCUCUAGUCGUAUCAUUUGGAACCAACUUCAAGUUGGAGAUUCUUCACACACAACUGACUACGCUUAUGAUGCGAAUGGACAGCUCAUGGAGGUGAAGACAGAUUCCCAGAUCGCAUGGCAGUACACCUACGACAGCAAUGGUAACCUUGCCUCGUUCACCCACAGGCAGAACACAACACAGCUCUACUAUGAUGACUUUGACCGUAUCACACGCAUUGGUCAGAUAGAGUAUCUCCAUGAUGAAGAUGGCUUCCUUCUGCAGCGUGGCGGUGAACGCUUUACCUAUGACUCCAGAGGUCAGCUUGUUCAUGCCUUCCAGCUCAACGUAUAUGAGGUUCGUUACAAGUAUGAUGGAGUAGGGAGGAGAAUCUGGCGAAAGGACCACACUGGGCGACAGAUUCAGUACUUCUAUGCCGACAUUUACCACCCUCACAGAAUCACCCAUGUCUACGACCACAGCCGCCAAGAAAUCUGGUCCUACGAGUAUGACCUUCAGGGUUACCUGUUUGCAGUGAAGCAGAAUCAGCGCCAGCUCUACGUCUGCGUUGAUCAGGUCGGCUCACCCAUCGCUGUCUUUGAUGAAAACCGAACCCCUCGCAAGAUAGUGGAGUAUGAUCCUCGAGGAAACAUUCUGCACGACUCCUCACCGGCAUUCAUGCUCCAUGUCGGCUUCCGUGGCGGUCUCUACGAUGCUCACACCAAACUUGUCCAAUUCAAUGGCCGUGACUAUGACUCGCUGAGUGGGCAGUGGACGUCUGCGGAUGAGAGCUUCUAUGAGAACAUCGCCAGACCACAGAAGACGAUGUACUUCAACUUGUACACCUUCCAUGGAAACAACCCUAUCAACCCCAAGCUAAACCCCAAUUAUCUCAUGAGUAUGGAAGACUGGCUUCCUGUGCUAGGAUACGACAUGACAAGCCUUAUACCUGAGGUCAAUCGAUAUGGCAACCCUCUACCCUCCGUGAGUCUGGGACGAUACAGAGAUCUCGAACAGUCUGCCACUCAGGACUAUGUCAAUUGGGCUAAGGUAAAAUGGGGAUAUGAGCAGCAGGUGAUGGCGGCCAGUUACUCUUCCAAUACCAACUUCCAUGCAAUCCCUAAUAGACACACUGUCUCAGAGACUUCACCUACCAGUGACCUAGGGAUGUCACCGGUCAGAGAGUCAUCGGUCCAUUAUGCCACACUACCAACGCUUAUAGACAAAGGGGUGAUCCUAGCUAUUUCUGGGGAGAGAGUCAUCUGCCAGAAGGCUCCUGAUGUAGAGAGCGAUGCACUGAACAUUGCCACUGUGGUAAAUAAUUCCCUGGUGCUGGAUAGAUGGCAUUACUCUGACGGGCAGCGCGAGGUCAGGUUCUUUGUCAAAUCAGACUUGACAAGGUACGUGAGCGAUUUGAGGAGCCUAGGAUACAACUCCAAUAUAACAGACACUUCAGAUGUUGUGAACCUUCAUGUAGGCACUAUACACAUUGCCGCGCAGAUGUACGAGGUGCCUUACGAGUUCGUGGUGAUCUCUCUGUCAAACAAUUACACCACAUGGAAGAUCUUCUACGGAGUGACCAUGCGUCAGGCGGCAGAGGUGGUAUUGGAGUCGGCGCGAGAGGUAGCCAUGCACCAGGCCUGGCUCAAUGAACGGCGAGUCCUGGCUAGUGGUCUUAGAGGAACUUAUUUCUGGACAAGCGAAGAGAGGAUAUCAUUGCUUCAGAACAAUAUGGUACCAGGGUAUGAGGGCCAGUACACCCUGGAUCCCAUGUUAUAUCCAGAAAUCGCAUUUGAUGGAAAUAAUAUCAAAAUUGUUAGAUCACCUUCGGAAACAAGAAGGUGAUCGAAGGAAGAGACUGAGGUUCUUCCUAGGACUUCUUAGUUUUAUUUCUACCGUCUGUAUAUUUAUUUCCAAACGAUUUACAGGAUGUAGAUAUCAGAAGUUAUUUGAAACUCCAAUUCCUUUUUUGCCUUGUGUGUGUUCAUUUUGUUGUCCAAUAAUAAGAAUUAAUAACUGUAUCAACACUUGUUUAGGGAAACUUCACAAGUGGCAACCCCUGUGAUGCAUUAGCUACUUGAAUUAUUGGCCAGCUUGAUUCUGUAUUCAAAAGGAGCAUACCAAAUUACUUGUGGGAAGGGCUUAUUAAUAUAUAUAUUCAGACUUAUGAAAGAUACUGGUUUUAGUUCCCAUAUCACAUCAUGUCUUAAGGAGAUCUUCAGGUGUUAGGAGAUUGGGAAAUCUAAAUACAACAAUAAUUUAGAGAUACUUGGUGUUUUUUAAAUCUGGUGCUUUUGUGCAUAAUACAUUACUUGGCCCUGAAAGAAUAUACCACUAUAAUCUUCCUUCUACGUAAGGGAGAAAAAAGAUGAUAUGUGAUGUCUUUCAUAAUGGACAAGAGACGUAUGUCCAUGGCGAUACUACGAAUGUGGCACUUAUUGAUAUUAUAAUCUGAUAAUUUAUUUUUUAAUGUGUUUUUAAGCUGUAUAUUUUUUAUUGAUAGGUGAACGAUAUUGCCAAGACUUAUAUAAAUAGAUUAGGAAAGAUAGAUAUUGAAUGAAUAGCUAGCAUAUUCGCCGAAUUAAAGAAUGCUACAAUUACUGUUAAAUGAUAUUACUCCAAAAAUGCUGUACAGAUGGGAAAGCAUAUCUUUAAAGCAUUCAUUGUGGGAGGCAUGUAUAAAAUGAUAGUUCUCAAUUGAUGUCACCUUGAAGAUGUAUAAAUGAACUGAGAGUUUAGAGGAAGAGAUGAAAAAAAAUUGAGUUUAUCAUUUGUGUCUUGCUGGAUGAAUUCCAUUUGAACACAUCAAGACAGUAUGCAAAUAUAUUGAAAUGCCAUCACACAAGAGCUUAACAGGUACUUGGUGCUAUAGACAAGGUCGUACAAUGAAGUCUCAAGACAAAUGAGUAAUGAAACAACCGUUUAGAUCAAGUACAUGUAAUUUGUGAGAUCAUGUAAUGGAUCAAGUUUAUUGUUAACCCUGCGCAUCCUGCGUUGGAUCAAAUUUAUUGUGAAGUCAUGUCAGAAAUCAUCAGUCAAAUCAAUAUAUUGUGAAACUGUGUAUUAUGUACAACCAAGUACACACCGAGUAAAGUGUGAAAUCAUGUCUCAGAUCAAAUUCAUUUUGAAAAGCACAGUCAGAUCAAGUACAUUUUAGGCAUCAAGAGCAUUGUAAAUUAUCUGAUUCUUUAUUUUGUUGAAUCAUUUAUCAGCUAGAGUAUUGAUGAAAUAUAUUGAUGAGAUCCAGUAUGUUUGUGAUAUAACUGAAGUGAUCAAUUACAUCAUGGUAGAUCAAAUUAAGUAACUGCACUGUGAAGUCAUGAAUUUGAUUUUUGUGGACCAUCAAUCGGAAGUAGGAUUCAUUGAAUGACUUUUUGACAACAAGCACUAGGUGUUCGGACAAUGAAGUUGUCAAAGGUCUUUUUGUAUGUGAACAUGCAUAUAUUCACCUUUUUAUGUAUUCCUAUCUUUAAUGUUUUACAUGAUGUUUUAUUGACUUGAUCCAGUUGGUAGUAAUGUUUGUUUCAUAUUGAAAGGUUUUAAUAGCGACAAGAAGAGACGUGCCUAUUUUGUAGAAGAUUUUGAAGACAUCAGACAAGAUAAGCUUGAAGUCUUCACGUAUUGAUUAUGUAUUUGUAGAUAAUUGAAGAGCCUUCCUUGCCACGAUGAUAUGUGUUUCGAUCACGUUUUUGUGUAUUUGUAUUUUCUCUUUUGACAAUCAAGUGUGCUAAUUAGUGUUUAUUUUAGAGAAAAACACUGAAUAAUUUAGAGGAAGACCAGUCCCAACUUCAUUUAGAAGUUAGGACUUAAUUAGGACCAUAGCUUUAUAUCAUUGUUAAGAGAAAUGCAUCAUGAAAUAAAUUGUCAACUUGUUUUGAAGAAAGGACAUCUUCAAAACACUAGCUUUGUUGAUGUUAACUUUUCAAUCAAUAGUUGGGUCUAUGCUUCAUGAGUUAUGACUAUUUUAUAGCAAGUUUUUAUAAAUGAAAAGUGAUCUGAAUUGAGACAUCUGGUGUCCAGUCUUUAGGCAGUAUAUGCUUACUGCAAAAGGAAAUCAAGACUUCAGUGAAGUUUUGGGAUAUUCUUGUCUCUUACGUUGAUUAAAACCUAGAUUUAAGAUUAUAUUUAUGUUAAUUGCAAUCAUGUAAAUAAAGUCAUGAUCAACUCGUGUAUAUGCAAUAAUUGUCUUAAGAUCAAGUGUGCCAAAUUUUGUUUUUCUCGUACUGCGUCAUGCAUUAGCUGUACUAUGAAUUAUGCACAUGUAAUGUAUGUACAAAUAUUAUUGAUCAAAUGUAUUCUAAAAGGGAAAUGAAUUUUUGCCUUAAAAUUCACUCUGAACAAGUUUUUUCUGUGAAAUCAUAUUAUCUGUUCCGUGUUAUUCAGAUUAAGCGUCACAAAACCAAACUCACAUCCUUUGAUUCUUUUAAACAAUACAAAGCUUUUUAUGUAUCAACAACAAAAAUUGGAAGAGGGAUUUUUUUCUUCUUGAUAACAGGGCUACAAAUUUUGUUGAUAAUUCUGAAAAGGAAGGGACAUACGGUGAGUGGUUAUGUUUUCACACCAUACUCACUUGUCAAGUUGAGGCAGUUAGAAAUUGGAGCAUGAUGAAAUUCUACUUAAAUUUGAUUAUAUAUAUAUGUAUUUAUAAUUUAUGGUGGAUGGCAUUUUCAGUAAUGAUCUAGGUGAGAUGAAUUCCUUUUCUAAAAUCCAAUUUGAAAUGUCCUCCAUUCCUGCAUCACGUUUUUUGAGUCAGGAACUCAAUAAGUGUAUGAACCGUUUGACAUUUCAGAUAUCUUAAUAAAUCAUUACAUGGUUUUUGCUCAUGUAUCUUUAAAGCUUUAAAUGUGGUUUGUGAAAAAGGGGAAAAUAUUAUGAUAUGAAAAUAACAUUAUGUAUAUUUACUACGUAAUUUUGUCAUCGAUUUCCAUCCACUUUUGUCUCUGUAAUGUCUCACUUAAGUGCAUGUAGAUGAUUAUAGAUCAGUGUGUAAUUGAUGAGAACAUGUGUUUCUUGUUGAAAAGAAAAUAUGUUAUCCAUUAUGAUGCUUUUGACGAUGUGUAUAAACCAACUGCUAUGAUAAAUAUAUUUGUACAAAAAAUAGUACCAAAUACUUUGUAUAACUAUAUUAAAUGUUUUAUAAUCAAUGA